AAACAACCAAGCAUAAUUUAUUCUGACGAUCAAACAUUGAGAGUGAAAAACAAUCAAAACAAUUAUUUGACAAGUCAGAAGAUGGUUUUAUUUAGAAGAUUGAUAAAACUAUGAUACAACCCGAAAUCCUAAGCCGGUUUGCAUAUGAAGUUCUGUAGACCCUAAUAAGACUGGGCCAACUAGCCAGAACGUGGGCUUAUUGAGGCAUACAAGAACUCGAGAGCAUUUUCAAGUCGGCAUCAAUGGUUUUAUGUUUAGGAUUUUUGAAUCGCUAAAAAACUUUGAUAAAAUUAAAAUUGUUACUUGGGAUGGAAGUUGCAAAGAUUGCAAUUUUUACACCACAUCAACAGAAAAGACAUAAUAACAUUAACUCUCACUUAUUGAUGCAUUAUAGUACUUCUCAGAGUACCGUUUUAAUGCAAUGUUGCACAAAAACAUAAUCUGGCAUCCCUUCAUAAAAAUAGCUAAUUCCGCAGCACUGGUUAGGUUGACAUUUCGAGCUGCUCCGAAAAGAAAAAAAACAUAAACACGGCGGCUGCAGAUUUCCUCCAAAAGUUUUCAUCAUAUUACUGGUUUGUUUAGUCUCGUGUUUAGUUUAAGUUGUUGUGAAAUCGAAAAUAUCAGGUAAAUUGAGAAGAAAAGUUAUAUGAUUCAUCGCGAUACUAUAAUUAACUCACAUUUCUUUCACAGCAUGUCUCAAAGCAACUAUUCCAUUGUCCAGUGCUCGUUUGAGGAGGAUGAUUCUUACCUUUGCGUGCUUCCAUCGUCGUGGAUUGUUCGCAAAGGAUGGAAUAACGGUGUUCCCGACAAAUUCACAAAACUUGAAGGAGGAGAUUUGUGCUACUGGCCAGCAAAAGCAGCUGGAUACCGCUUGCUGGAAAAAGCCAAAAAAAAUCCCAAUAUCGGCAUCGACGCAAAUUUGCUCCUUUCAUACCGUUGUAAAAUCAAGCGAAUUGGUUUCAAAACAUACAAUGAUGCAUGCAAGGAACAAAAGCAAAUGGAAAUGUACUCCGAUACUGAUGCUGUCGCUCCGAAAAAGCGCUCAAAGGUUGAUACAAGUGCUUCUGACUUGUUCUCGAAAAUUCUGAGCCAGAGCAGGAAUCAGGGUCAAACUGUCAAGCCCAAGGAAGUAACUGCUCAUGGAAGUCCUGGUAGUGUUGACAUCGAUACAUCCUCGUGCGACGGAACAAACAGUGAUUUGGAUUUGGAAGCUCCUGUGCAAAACCUGGGAACAGUCCGCGAAACAAUGACGCCGCUCCGUGGUGCCUCGCAAUCUCGCUCGCAGCCAACAACGUCCGACUCGCAAGAAUUUUCGUUGAAAGAACUUUUUGAACGUGUGCAAAACUUGGAAAACCAACUGAAUCGGUGCUUGAUCAUGCUCUCCCAAAUUAAUGCCAAACUUGAUGAGAUUGGCUCUCGGCAGCGAACGGAGAAAGUGAGGGAGAAUGCUGAUGACGAAGACUCGGUCGAUAUCAAGAAAAAUGAGUUCGAACCAGUUAAGAAUCUUGCUGAAUUGGAUGCUAUUGAGGAGAAGUGCAAGAACGACAGUUUCGUGGCUAACGUUGUUCGAUCGAUGGGGAAAAUACAUGGAAAGCAUCGGUUUACGGGAGCUGGACAAACCGUGUGUUUGCAACUCAUUGAUUAUUUCAUUGACCGUCAGUUUCUACGCGAAUGCUCAUGGACUGGAGUUGGUAAGACAAAAGACCCAAACGGAAACUUGAGACCAAAGAUUGCUUUUUCGAAAUACAGCAAAUUUAUCGAUCUUUUCUUUCAAUCCGUUCUCAACGCUGAUGAGCUAUUUACCUUGGAAUCUUGCCACAAGUUCCUCAAGCAAUGCAUUCGCAAUUCCAAGCAGCGAGUCGAGGAUAUCAAGCAAGUACGUGCUUCUGUGUCGAGGAAACGUGGCCGAAAAAUUGUAAGAGAUGAACAAGACUUGGAUGAUGACGAUGAGGAAAAGGAUGAUAACGCCGGCGAUGAAGUACCCACUGAUAACUCAGGUCAACAAUCAACAACGAAUGAUCACAUUUACUCACAGGAAAUGAUCGUUGAAUUCUUGGACGAGACCAUCCUGAAACCAGAACCGAAGUUGUAGAGAC